CACCAGCAUCAGCAUCAGGACCCCGAGCUGUGCCCGCGCGCCCUCUCGGGGUCGGGUCGCAAGCCCGCGCCGCGCGCCCCCGCCGUCCGCGCCCCCGCGUCUCAGCCUCAGCAGCCCCCGCAGUGGCUGGAGCGGCCGCGCCCGCCGCAGGGAGGGAGGAGCUGCUGGGGAGGCUCCAAGUUGGCGGAGCGACUAGGACCCCCAGACUCUGAGCUGUCGCCCCGGAAGGGGCUGAGAGGCUUAGCUGGGGAGCGGCGCCGCCCAGCCGGAGUCCUGCACCCCAUCCCCUGCCAGCCGCUGCACCAUGCGUGCAGGGUAGCUGUGAGCGGCUCCUCCUGCAGCGCAGCCCAGCGCUCUCGCCGGCCACACGGAGCGGCGCCUAGGAGCUAUGAGCCAUGAAGCCGCCCGGCAGCAGCUCUCGGCGGCUGCCCCUGGCGGGCUGCAGCGUUCCCCGAGUCUCCGGCGGCCACCGCUGCGGCCCCACGGUCCCCCCGCCUGCCAGCUUCCCGGCCCGCGCUGCGCCCUGCUGGCUGCUCCUCGUCCUCCUCCUGCUGCCUCCACUCGCCGCCUCGUUCCGACCCCGCGCCUGGGGGGCUGCUGCGCCCAGCGCUCCGCAUUGGAAUGAAACUGCAGAAAAAAAUGUGAUAGUCUUGGCAAAUGAAGACAAUACAUUGCAACAGAAUAGCAGCACUAAUAGCAGCUACAGCAAUGCAAUGCAGGAAGAAAUCACUCAGCCUUCAAGACUGAUAUAUUACAUCAACCAAGACUCAGAAAGCCCUUACCAUGUUCUUGACACAAAGGCAAGAUACCAGCAAAAACAUAACAAGGCUGUCCACCUGGCUCAGGCAAGCUUCCAGAUUGAAGCCUUCGGCUCCAAAUUUAUUCUUGACCUCACACUGAACAAUGGUCUGCUGUCUUCUGAUUAUGUGGAGAUUCACUAUGAAAAUGGGAAACCACAGUCCUCUAAGGGUGGAGAGCACUGCUACUACCAUGGAAGCAUCCGUGGUGUUAAGGACUCCCGGGCGGCUCUGUCCACCUGCAAUGGACUUCAUGGUAUGUUUGAAGAUAACACCUUUGUGUACAUGAUAGAACCACGGGAGCUGAUUCAUGAUGAGAAAAGCACAGGUCGACCACAUAUAAUCCAGAAAACCUUGGCAGGACAAUACUCGAAGCAAAUGAAGAAUCUAAGCAUGGAAGGCAGUGGCCAGUGGCCCUUUCUACCUGAAUUGCAGUGGCUGAGAAGGAGAAGGAAGCGAGCAGCAGCGAGUUCAUCUCGUGGUGUCUUUGAAGAAAUGAAGUAUUUGGAACUCAUGAUUGUUAAUGAUCACAAAACGUAUAAGAAGUAUCGCUCAUCUCAUGCUCACACCAACAACUUUGCAAAGUCUGUGGUCAACCUUGUGGAUUCUAUUUACAAGGAGCAGCUCAACACCAGGGUUGUCCUGGUAGCUGUAGAGACCUGGACUGAGAAGGAUCAUAUCGACAUCACCACCAACCCCGUGCAAAUGCUCCACGAAUUCUCCAGAUACCGCCAGCGGAUCAAGCAGCACGCAGACGCUGUGCACCUCAUCUCGCGUGUAACAUUCCAUUACAAGAGAAGCAGCCUGAGUUACUUUGGAGGUGUCUGUUCUCAGACAAGGGGAGUUGGUGUGAAUGAGUAUGGUCUUCCAAUGGCAGUGGCACAAGUAUUAUCACAAAGUCUGGCUCAAAACCUUGGAAUCCAAUGGGAACCUUCUAGCAGAAAGCUAAAAUGUGACUGCACAGAAUCCUGGGGUGGCUGCAUCAUGGAGGAAACAGGGGUAUCCCAUUCGCGAAAAUUCUCUAAGUGCAGUAUUUUGGAGUACAGAGACUUUUUGCAGAGAGGAGGUGGAGCUUGUCUUUUCAACAGACCAACAAAGCUGUUUGAGCCCACAGAAUGUGGAAAUGGAUAUGUAGAAGCUGGAGAAGAAUGUGAUUGUGGUUUUCAUGUGGAAUGCUAUGGCUUGUGCUGUAAGAAAUGCUCCCUUUCCAAUGGAGCUCACUGCAGUGAUGGGCCAUGCUGUAAUGGUACCUCAUGUCUUUUUCAGCCCCGAGGCUAUGAGUGUCGAGAUGCUGUGAACGGGUGUGACAUUACUGAAUAUUGUACUGGAGACUCUGGCCAGUGCCCACCAAAUCUUCAUAAGCAAGAUGGAUAUGCAUGCAAUCAAAAUCAGGGCCGCUGCUACAACGGGGAGUGCAAGACCCGGGAUAACCAGUGUCAGUACAUCUGGGGCACAAAGGCUUCAGGGUCCGACAAGUUCUGUUAUGAAAAGCUGAAUACAGAAGGUACUGAGAAGGGCAACUGUGGCAAGGAUAGAGACCGGUGGAUUCAGUGCAGCAAACAUGAUGUCUUCUGUGGAUUUUUACUCUGUACCAACCUUACACGAGCACCGCGCAUUGGUCAACUGCAGGGUGAGAUCAUCCCAACUUCUUUCUACCAUCAAGGUCGAGUGAUUGACUGCAGUGGUGCCCAUGUGGUUUUAGAUGAUGAUACAGAUGUGGGUUAUGUAGAAGAUGGAACACCAUGUGGCCCAUCUAUGAUGUGUUUAGACCGGAAGUGCUUGCAGAUUCAGGCUCUGAAUAUGAGCAGCUGUCCACUCGAUUCCAAGGGUAAAGUCUGUUCAGGCCAUGGGGUGUGUAGCAAUGAAGCCACCUGUAUCUGUGACUUUACUUGGGCAGGGACAGACUGUAGCAUCCGGGAUCCAGUGAGGAACCUUCACCCCCCCAAGGAUGAAGGACCCAAGGGUCCUAGUGCCACCAAUCUCAUAAUAGGCUCCAUCGCUGGUGCCAUCCUGGUAGCAGCUAUUGUCCUUGGGGGCACAGGAUGGGGAUUUAAAAAUGUCAAGAAGAGGAGGUUUGAUCCUACUCAGCAAGGCCCCAUCUGAGCCUGCUACACUGGAGGGGUGGCACCUUGCACUGAAGGAUUCUGGGUAUGACAUUCUUGCUGCAACGUUGCCGGAACUACUAAGUGUAUAAACAAGAACACUGGGUGGUAAUGACUACAGAACUGAAGUUGGGGUGACAGGGACAGGGCAAAAAAAAAAACUGUUCUUCUUGGAAAUAACUUCAAAGAACCCCUCCCAUCAUGUGUCAAUAAAUGAGGCCAAAAGGCCAUGUUAUAAAAAAAAGAACUAUUUCAGAAUAUUUUUUUUCUCAGCAGGAGCAACAACAAAAAUUAAGUGCAAUAAAAGAACCAUUAAAAAUAGCAAAUGACUUUCUUUUCUUUUCCUCAGUCUGCUGGCACUUAAUAUCUUCUGAAUGAGUUGGCAUGUUAAUUUCUUUUCUUUUUUUCCUUAUCAAUGACAUACUCCAGCGGCAUGAAGAUCUAAUUUUCGAAAGGGUAAAAACUGCAUGGCAUAUAUACAACAAGCAGCUAGCAAGCCAAUCCGCGGCAAAACCUGCAGCUGAAUUCCCAAGACGAAGAUGACAGAUGAACAUACGGAAACUACCUGUCCCUCACACCCUAGCCUAGACCAGACCACGAGCAACUAGCUCCACAGGCCUCCGCUCUUACUGAUCCACUUUCCCCUCGUUUGGUUUUCUUGGUUUUUCUUCUCCUGGACUGAACAUCCUUUGGAAAUGGGAGCUGGAACAAUGAUGCUAUUAUAUAGUUCUUUUAUAAAUGUAAAUAUGGAAAUAAGGUUUUGACACAUCAUUUUCACUUGUCUCUUGAAAUAUUUUUUUCUUGACAGGUUCUAUAAAUUUGAGUUUAGUAUCUGCUCCACAUCUUUUUUUUUUCCCCUCCUUCUCUCUUCUGUCUCUCUUGUAACAGAUAGUGGACAAAAAAUGUUAGGCUUGCUUUAAAAGGACAGAUGUAGCCACAGGUGCAGGGAAUUUGGGCACAGGUGCAGUUUUAAAAUGAGAUGAAAUGCUUGAAACCAAAAUGGGGGGAUGGGAAAAGCAACAAACAGCCCUUAUUAAAAAAUAAAACCAUGUACAUGCAAAUAUAUAUACUGUCAAGUCUCGAAAAGUUUUUGAUGUCAUUAUAAACAUAUGUAUAUAACGCAAGAAAGUAGACACCCUCACAAAUUAAUCACAAAAGUGCCAAGCUCACGAUUUUAGUUUUUGGUUUUGACAGUUUUCAUUCCCUGUCUUAAAUGUGAGGGGGGGGAUAAACUUAAAGCCUUAAAUAAAAAUAAAAUGUUUUUUAAAUAUUGAAAGCUUGGGAGGAAAGUUAAGCUUCCAUUUUUAUUACUGUCUACUGUUGUUAAUAUUGCAUCCAUGUUUCAUCUUUAUGCAUAUAUAUAUAUAUAUAUAUAGUAGAGCCCCACUAUCAAAUUGGGAGUGGAGACAGAAGUGGCUGUUACCUUCUUGUGAGCACUAUCCUUGUAGGUUUUAAUUCUGCAUUGUGUUUUCAGAAACACCCAUUCAAGUCCACAGCACAUUGCUGUCUGUGGAAUGUCGUCCUGGAUUAUAGUGGAGUUCUACUAUAAUAUGUACAAAAUUACCUCCUUUUCCAUCUGGGUAGAGUAACAGGUAUAAUCUGGGUUGCCAAAUCCAUCCAAGUUUACUUCACUUUCAUUGGUUUCAGCUUCAACCUAUGGUCAAGACAACUUCUGUUCAAGUGUUAAGUAAAUAUGUAACUAGAGAAUUUUGGUCCUGGCUUUGUUUUGAAUGUGAAACCUUGUAUAUGAUCUUUUCAGUGAGCAUCCACUGAGAGGUAAGCUCUACAGAAGACACCCCCCCCCAAAGCUCAUACUUUGCCCAGUAUCCUCUUUUUAGCAACAGGACAUGCAGUUGUCCUAUCUACACCUUGAUGACAACAAAAAUCUGUUGCUAGAUUUAGCUUUCAGUCUCUUUCCAGCAAGACUCAGGACACUAGUCUCACAACUUUUGCUCUGACUUCAGAAAGGAUGUCCUUGAAAUGUACUGAAAUCAAGAGAGUCUUUUUCCUCCAAGGUAUCUUUAAUCGUGGAAGCAGACCAAUUGUGAAGCAAAAUUCUUACUCUGUAUAUGCUUCAACCCAUUUUUUCCAACACUAUUUGUGGAAGAGACUCCCCUUCCCCCAUUUAAUAGUCUGGGCACUUUUGUCAAAGUUUAGAUGUCCAAAGGACUGGGGGUUUACUGCUGGCCUCUCAGUUCUGUUCCACUGGUCAGUGUGUCUAUUUAUGUUCUAGUACCAAGCAGUUUUGAUCACAGUGGCCCUAUAAUACAAUUUGAGAUCUGGGAGUGUGAUGCCUCCAGUUCUAUUCUUUCUUCUCAAGACUGUUUUGGAUCUUUGUAUAUGCUGUAACAGAACAGAACCUAACAUCAUAUUCUCUUACUGCUUUCUCUGUAUUAGGUGCUAUACAGGAAUGUAGUCUUUCUCUAGAGCUAGCUACGUUUAUGUUGAGAUGGCGAGGCUACCUGUAAGGUGUGCCAGCCUUAAGCUAGGUUUCAGCAGACACAGAGUGUAUCUCUCUAUCUAUUGGCAGUGGCUCAGGGUGGAAAAAGUCUGGAGGAGACUCAGAUUACUCAGUGUCUCUGCCUAUCACUGCAUCGUUUCUGUUUCUGUUGUUGGUUCCUACUCACCAGCAGAUACUGUGAACUGCUGAGUACAUUAUAAGCAUUUCACUGCUGUUCCUGAGGCACCAAGAUGACUUAAUAGACAUAAACAAAUAAAAUCAAUCAAUCAAUAAAACAUGGUGGUUACAAAAACAAGUUAAAAUCUAUUGUAAACUUUUGAGCAUUUCACAAAACAACAUUGUAACUGUGCGAUGUUAUGUUUUAGAUCAGACCACAGUGGUCCCCAAAUAUUAUGUACAUAAGGUAAAUGUCAGUGUAACUUUUUGUUACGCUGGCAGUUUCAUAGGUAACCACACCUAUGCUCCAGUGCUGAAUGAUGUGUGCGCGUAUGUAAAAUGCACAAGCAGCCAGCUUGGUGUGUGUGAGUAUGAUGGUUGAUGCAACCAACCCUGAAUCAUCAACCAUGAACUAUACUUACUUUGGAUGACAUUAGGUUCCGUAGUCUUACUCAUCAGUGCUGUUUUUUGUUUAUUUGUUUGUUUUUUGUUUUGCACUGGCUAUUCAUUUGCUGGCAUUUUGUUUGUUUUUGUGGUGCAAAUCCUCAUUUUUUUCUUACUUUACUCUCAAAGCACAAGCAUAUCAUCAUUCAGUAUUCCCCAAUAAGAGCUAGUGUAAAGUGACGACAAGUUCCUAUUCCACCUGCUAUACUUUUCCUGCAUUGAUUAACAACACCUGGAUCAGGAGACAUACGCUGACUUCAUUGCUCACCCCAGAAUACUGCAUGAGCCCACUAACCUAGAGCUACUCCUAUUAGAUAAAUGAGCAGUACUCAUAGGUGCAUGUUAUGAAACGUGAAUCACAUAGAGCUAUGGGGUUUGACUGAACGGUUGUGUUUUUCUUUUUCUUUUCUCACUAUGCAAAGAUGGGAAAUGCACAAACUUUUCAAAGACUCAUGUCUAAAGAACUUUACAAAUGAUACUUGAACCCUGUCUGUAAAAGUCAUCCCAUUGUUGCGUCCACUGUUAACUCCAUUUUUAAAUGGUUUAAGUACUCAACCUGAAAUUUUGUUUGAAGUUAAUAAAUUCAUUCAUAUCUUGAUGGCUGCCAGUGGAUGGAGAUUCAGUAGUCAGUGUAAGCGUCUUCUAGUCCAGUGUCUAUUAAUAUUUUUGUUGCCAUACAAUGUUGUACCUUUAUCCUUUGACCACUUUCUUAAAGCCUUUUCCUGUGUUCUCUUGUGUUGUUGAUUAAAUGGCUAUAUGCCUGAUAUCAAGAGUUCUAGCACUGAUCUCUCCAAUUCUCACUGAAAAUUUAUGCAGUCAACAGAGCUAAUAAAAUCUCUGAUUAAUGAUAAAUGCA